AUGAACGCUGAUGUUGUGUAUUCCUCAGUGAACUUUUCUAAGAAGAAACAGCAACAGAGUGAAUCGGAGAGCCAAAAAACAACAGACCCUUUGGAGGAUGUCAUAAAUACAGAUAUUCAAACAGCAAAAGCUUUGACUCUUCAGCAGGCAGAUGGCUCCAAUGAAGGUUUGACAACACUGUCUUUAGAUGAGAGGAGGUCACAAGAACACAAUGAAGAGUGCAAUCCUUGCAGCUCCGAAAGUGACUUUGAAAUUGAACUCACCAUGAAGACAUUAGCAGGUCUUCAAAAAAAAGGGAAUGUGACCAAAGCAAAGGAAAAUCGAUUGUUCUUUAAAACUGACACGGAGCUGAAGCAGGAGUCGAUCAAUGGAAACAACACUGUCCUGGCGGAAGAAUAUGAACGUGUAAAGAAAAUGCUGACAGCCUUAGAGACCCGAUAUGGAGAGCUACAUAAAAAUCAUGUCAGCCUCCAGUCCCAGUAUGGAGCACUGAAUAAGAACCAUACCAAUCUGACGGCCCAGUAUGAAGUGCUGAACAAGUCUCAUGAUAGUCUCGAGUCCCAGUAUGGAGAGCUAAAUAAAAACCAUGGCAAGCUUAAGUUCCACUAUGGACAGCUGAAUAAAAACCAUGACUAUCUUCAGUUUCAGUAUGAAGAGCUGACUAAGGACCAUGCCAGCCUCCAGAUGAAGUAUGGGGAGCUCAGUAAGAACCAUGCCAGGCUCCAGUACGAGUAUGCAGUGCUCAGUAAGAGAGCAACAGCACUGGAGAAGUACCAUCCUCCAAAAGGCACAUCUUGGAGUCAGACUUGCUCUGUGUGUCCACAAAACUGGCUGCUGUUUAUCUCCAAGUGUUACUUCCUUUCCACUGAUAAGCUGGGCUGGUCCGACAGUCAAGAUCACUGCUUUUCAGAGAGAGGACACUUGGUGAUUAUAGAGAACAAGGAGGAGCAGGAUUUUUUAACAGUAAUGGUGGAAAUCAAAGGAGGCAAGGAAAAAUCCUACUGGAUUGGACUGUCAGAUCGGGUGACAGAAGGUGACUUUGUAUGGGUGAAUGACAGGCCCCUGGAUCCAAGAAAAAGGUUUUGGGGUAAAAGGGAGAGUGACAAUGGGCAAGAGCCGGACAACUGGACUGAUAAAGUGCAGAGUCCAACAGGAGAGGACUGCGUGGAGCUCAAAAAAUCAAAAAGCUACAAUGGCUGGUAUGAUGCAAACUGUAGAAUACAAAAGAAAAGGAUCUGUGAAACAGCUGCGUUAACUUAUCCAGUCAGGUUUAAAUCGUAA